AUGCUCCAAUGGGUCGUGAAAGAGGUGGAAGGGCCGUUUGGCAAUAUAGCCACUAUACAUUGGGCCGUGCCAGAAGGGCAGGACGACGGUGAGAGCAGCGACAACACCGCGGAGUCUCAGAAACUGCACCACAAGGUGGGACAAGGCGGGAAAGUCCAACCCGAAUUGCAGCACCUCCUGGAAGAUGCAGAAGACCAACUCGGUGCCGUGUUGUGGAACAGCAACUCAGUUGCGAUGGGCCACCUGCAGAAACACGUCCUCCAGAACCACGACAAGGCGUGUCAUGUGGUGGAGCUCGGGGCGGGGGUCGGCUGUUUGGGUAUUGGGCUCGCGAUGGCGGGUGCGCGCGUGGUAAUCACUGACAUGAAGGAACUUGUGCCACUCAUGGAAAAGAAUAUUGAGUUAAAUAAGGAGAGAAUUCUCUCACGAAGCAAUGGAAAGGGAAGUUGUGUUGCAAUGACCUGGAGGUGGGGUCCGCCGCCUCUGGUGAAGCAAAAGCAUAAUGCUAAGCGGGUCAAAAUUAAUAAUGCGCGGCAACAUUCUUCAAAUGCAGACGUGCCGAGCGCACAAAACGAGAGAGGGCGCUCACCGUACCUCUUACCCUCUCCCGCAUUCGUCGAAAUGCAGCGGUUGCUCGAUCAUGUAGACCUUGUUGUACUCUGUGACGCCCUCUACGGAAACCCGAAAAGCUGGCCACAGUUGUUAUAUACGUUGUCGGAAAUACUAGCAGCGAACCCUCGUUGUGAAGUGAUAAACUUUUGUGAGCAACGAGUGGAUGAUGUGGAAGGGGAUUUCUUGAAUCUCCUCCAGCAGGAGAAUGCGAAGUUGCCACCACCUGCCAACAGUGCGGUGGGACCAGAGGGAAACGAAACAAUGGAGGAAGCGCUAUUGCGGAUGCGGGGGUCAUACAAAUGGUCGACGUCAACAGAAGUCGUUGGGGAGGGACCGAGCGAUUUGGGUAUGCCCGUCCGAGUAACACGCAUUAGUUGGGUGCAUCGUAGUGGAAAAUGGGGGACAGGUGCUUCCACCGCCUCGCGUGAUGUGGUUGUUGAUGGUGCCGAUUUAGGGAGGAAAAGUGGGGGGCGUAAGCGAGAGCGGACUCGAUAG